UCCACAGGCCAACCAUACCAUAGCCUCCUUCCUUUUCUCCCUCACGAGAAAGCGCAUCGAUCACAGACACAGAGAGAAGAUUCGUCUGUGAUUUCCUUUAACCAUGGAUCGUCGACCGACCCCGUCUGAUCCACGAGACGUCAGGGAGCCAAAUUAGCUGAUCUAGGUAGGGUUCGUCGAUCGAAUUCCGUAUCGUGGUUUUCGCCUGAUCGAUCGAGCUAGCGGCGCGAUGGGGUCGAGGGAGAAGUCGAAGCAGCGGGGAGGAGGAGGGGGGUGCUCGCCGAGGUCGAGGAAGGGGGAGUUCCCCAUCCACGCGGAGGACUACGAGCUGCUCGAGCCCGUCGGCGACGGCGCCACGGCCGUCGUGCGCCGCGCGCGAUGCCUCCCGCUCGGCGGCGAGGUCGUCGCCAUCAAGAUCAUGAACAUGACGCUCCGGUCAGAGGCCGACGUGAACAAUGCCACGGAGGAGGUCAAGACCAUGAUCUUGACGGAUCACCCCAACCUCCUCGGCGCCUACUGCACGUUCUUGGUAGACGCCAACCUCUGGAUCGUCAUGCCCUACAUGGCCGGGGGAUCCUGCUUCCACCUCCUCAAAUCCUCCUUCCCCAAAGGGUUCGAGGAGGAGAGGUUCAUAGCCUUCGUGCUCCGCGAGACCUUGAGAGGCUUGGAGUACCUGCACGCCAAAGGCCACAUACACCGGGAUGUCAAGGCCGGAAACAUACUGCUUGAUCAGUACAAAGGAGUGAAGCUUGGAGAUUUUGGAAUCAGUGCUAGUGUUUACGACUCCAUGAUCAACAGGAACGGCAAAAGGCACACGCUUGUCGGAACGCCUUGCUGGAUGGCACCCGAAGUGAUGGAGCAAAAGGAAUACGAUUUCAAGGCAGAUAUUUGGUCUUUCGGAAUUACUGCACUAGAACUUGCUAAUGGCCAUGCUCCUUUUUCUAGUCAACCUCCAGCAAAGGUGUUUCUCAUGACGUUGCAGCAUGCUCCUCCUUCGCUUCAUAACACCAAGGAUAAGAAGUUUUCAAACGCUUUUAAGCGAAUGAUUGGUGCAUGUUUAAUAAAAGAUCCAUCCAAGAGGCCAACUGCCCAAAUGUUACUAGAACUUCCUUUUUUCAAAAAAGUCAAGUCCGAGGAUAAUUAUGUAAAAUGCAUGCUAAAUAAAGUGCCAUCUUUGGUUGCUCGGAUGCAAACUAUAAAGGAAAAUGAAGCAAAGUUGCAAGCAGAGAAGAAGCAGAAUGAUAAACUCAAAGAGAAGACAUCAAAUGACGAGUAUUGGAGAGGUGUUAGUCACUGGGACUUUGAUAUCGAAGACUUAAAAGCACAGGCUAAAUUGUACUCAGAAGAAAAUGACAGUGACGAAGAGGAGUACCUGCGUUUUCUAUUCGAACUUGAUACCGUGGACGAAACUGUUCCGCUCCAAGAUGUUCAUCCACAGAAUCAUUCAAAUGGUGACGAGAAGAUUGUAGGUAAUGAAAUGGCAGAAAAUUCAACCUCAACAGCUCCAAUCCCGAUACCUGAAAGUGCGAAACAACUUGAGAAUGGUGCCUCUAACGGCCUUGUGCGCCAUGAGUCAUUUGAAAAGCAGUCAAAAGUUCCCGCAAGACAACUUCUAAGAGCAGUUUCUAACGCUACGGGUGUUGAUGAAUAUCUCGGAAAAUCUGCCAUUCAAAAGGGUCGUUUUAAAGUAACAACAGAAGAAAUGCAUGAAGCAUCUACACCAGCAGUGAAAGAUUUACUCCAGCAAAUUGCUAAUUUAGAGAGGCAGCUCCAUCUUAGCCAAGAGGAGAUUGCCAGACUUAAAGAAAAGGGUAAUUAGAUCAAUCAACCGAAGUGCUUGCAUUUGAACUUUACUAUGCCUCCUUAUCUUGUCGGCUGGAGGCAAAAGAAGCAGUGGCACCUGUUCACAACAAUAUCAACAUAGCAUUGUAGAAGCGUAACGUUAUAGUAGCUAGGGAAGAGUUGUAGCUUGUGUAGAUCUUACUAUGAUAAGAACGUAGCAAGUUUACCUGAGCAUGUUCUUGAAGCAUUUGUCAGUUCAUUAGAGAUUCCUAGUUCAGCCUGCCUCUUCUCCAGAUGUAGCUUCAUUUUUAUUUCAGAUAUAUAUGUCAUUUUUACGAGCGGUUCACUGCCGCCGUUGAUGGUGUAUGAUGUAUUCACAGUGGAGAAUAGAUACUUAGAUCUUUA